UUCAACCACGUGUUUGUUUGUGUAAAGUUUAACAUUGGAUUUUGAUUUCGGGAUAAAACAAACUUUUUUCUCCGAUUUUUUUUCGUUACAUUUUUCUCUACUUUAUCCAAUUGAUGAUUCACCAAUCAUGACUCGAAUUGCAGCUCGAGCGACCCGUGGUCGUGGGAAAAAAUGUCCGAAAGGACAAGCAUGUGCAUCAAAUCCUGAAACAAAAAAACAUCGAGCUAAAAUUGCUCAAUUAUUUGGCGUUUCAACAUCAGAAUCCGGAGAUGAACUUGCCAAUUCAAUGAAACCUAAAUUAACGCGUGAUAUGUUGGAAAAAUUUGAUGCCAUUCAGCAACAAAAGCAACGUAAUACGAUCGCUAGCGAAUCGCAACAACAAAUGUCGGCUGUUGAAAAUUGGCUUCAAAUACCAAAAAAUCAAGAUGAAAAUGAUAGUAAUAAUUCGAAAAGUGAAAAUUCCAACAACGAGUCUAUGAAUACUGAUGAUAAUCAAUCCAUACCGGAUGAUGCAUUCACCAUUGGUAACAUAUCAGCUGCCAGUAUAUGGUCAAAUUGUACAAAUGUUACUUUCGAUAAAUUUCUCAAUGGUUUUGAUCCAAAAUCCAAGAUUCAUAAAGCAAUGUUAACUGUUUUGGCUACCGUUCGUGAUGCAAUCGAUAUGGAAAAAGGAAAUGAAACUGAAACUGAAUAUUUUUCCGGUCUAAUGUUAGCAUUAGAUUGUGUAGAUUCUGAAGAGAAAUUAACCGCUACAUUAGCAUUACUUCAGAUGGUUUUAAAACGUGUUCAAACACCCGUUCUUCGGUUGAAAUUUUCCGAAACAUCUACAGCAUUGAUGAAAAUUUUAUCACAACAAAUUAAUGUGGCUAAUCCUAAUAGCUAUCUAACUAAAUCGGUAAUCAAUGCUUUACAUACACUGUUACGAAAUCAAGAACUUGUUGUAUGGCAACUUAAAUCAACUCAACAAAUAUUCGAAACAAUUCUUAUGUUUGUAACUCAUCAAAAGCCUCGAAUUCGUAAGGCAGCUUGUUUUGCUGUCAUAUCAUUAGUUUGUGGUAAUAAUAUUGAAUCAAUGAAUGCAAAUCAAGGUUCACCGAUCGCUGCGAAAUUGACCGCCGAAUUUUGCAUACGAAAACUUGAUCAAAAUUUAUCAACAACAAAUGAUGAACAUUUGAAUAUUAUUCUUUAUAUUCUAACAUUAUUAUCCGACACAAUGUCCAUGUUUCCAUCGGUUCAACAUACUAAACAUCUAGCCGAAUCAAUCCUUUCACAUAUGACUUUAGGUAAUAUUCUAUUGGUUACAGGUGCUUUGCAUACAUUGUAUUCAUUCUUUCUUCUUCGACCAACGGCUAAUGUUUUGAGUGCCGAAUUAAAUGCACGUCUAUUGAAUGCUUUGUAUGAUUAUCAACCGAAUAUUAAUGAUGAACAACCAUUAAACGCUUGGUGUGUUGCUAUGAAAGAAGCUUUACUUUGUCUUCAUAAUCUUGAUCGAAAACUUUUUUCUUCACAUGCACCGAAAUUGUUUCGAACUUUUAUUACCAUUUUGCAAAGCGACAGUUCUUCCGUUCAUUCAAAUGUUGUCAAUUCAAUUAAAUCAUUAAUGAAAACGAUCAUUGAAGAUUCAAAUAGUUCGAUGGAUUUAUUGGAAAAAUUAUAUGAUGAAUUGGAAAAUGGAUUAAAAUAUCAAUUUAGUCAUGUAUGGACACAAUUUAUGCCAAUUUUCGGUGAAGUUUUUAUCGUUACUAAAGAAACUAAAUUAUUAUCUAAAAUGGGUGCAAUCAUACAACGUAUGGCCAUUAUUUAUGAAUCAAAUGAUGCUGAUGUAAAUGAUGUUUUGGAAAAGGUUUUUGCCAAAAUUAUCUCAUCACAUGGUCCACGAUUUGUAUUACAAUAUUGUCCGAUUAUUUGGAAAACAUCAACAUCAUCAUUGAUGAGUGAAUAUAAUGAAUUUUGUGGAGAAUUUACUAAUCCAUGGCUUAUUUCAUUGUUACGUGAAAACAUUGAUGCUCAAUCGGAAUUAUCUUUAUUUGUUGAUCAUUUUCUACCUAUGGUUGAUGAGUUAAUGAAAAAAGUUUUGCUAUGUCAAAAACUAACACAAAAAUUGAAAGAAACAGCCAAGAACCGUAUGCAAAUCGAUGAUGAUCAAUCAACAAAUCGAUCCUAUGAUUCUUGUCUGGUAAUGAUAAAGGAAUUGAAACGAUGUGUUCAUGCUAUUUGGUCAUUAUUACCGGCAUUAUGUCGAAAUCCUAUCGAUGUAAAGGAAACGUUCCCGAAAAUUGCUAAACGUAUUGGAGAAAAUCUGUACAACAAAGAAUUAGCCAUCUAUUCUUUAGCUGCUCUUCGUAAUCUAUUCAAAUGUGAUCAUUCAACUCAAUGUAUUGUUGGUUCAUUUGGGAAAAAUUUUCUUCCAAUUUUAUUUAAUAUUUAUACAAAUGAAAAUGAAAAUACCCGUAUUGAUCAAGAUCUUCGUUAUCCGGUUUAUAUAGUAAUAUCUCAUAUGAUUCGAUGUAUGUUGGAAAAUGAAUCCGAUGCUUGUCAAACAAUGUAUCACAAUUUUUUCAAUAAAUUAAUCACCAUUUUGAAAGAAUCUCCUGGUUCAGAUUUUCGUCGUAUAGCUUUGAUUGAAAUUGUUGAUGCAUUUUUAUGGACACCUGAAGGUUUAAAAAUUAAUGAAAUUGAAUAUAUUUAUGAUAAAAUAGCUGGCCCAUUGAUUGAUAGCAGUAAAUGUCCGGCUGAUCAGAAAAAAGGUUUCCGUCUAAUUGAACCGAUUGUACAAAGCCGAUCAAAUGUUUGUGAAGAAUUUCUUUCGAAACAUAUGGAAAGCAUAAUUAAUUUGAUGAUAACAUUAUUUGAAAAUGAUAAAAUUUUAUCACCAUCAUCAAGAGCAUAUGCUCUUCGUUUAUUGAAUUCAAUAAUUCAACGAUUAAUUGAUGAUAAUAUUCAUGGGAAACAAGAUGCAAUGUCCAAUAUAAAUCUAAUAAUUUUAAUAGAAAAUAUUGUUCCAUCAAUAUUGAAACAAUUAACGAUAAAAUCAUCGAAAACAAAAAAACAAGCAAGAAAUAUUUUGCUUACAAUAUCUGAAUGUUUUGAAACGCUUAAUAACGAUAAACAACAAGCAAAUGAAAAAUUAAUCUCGUUGAUUAUUGAUCCAAUCGAAAACAAUAAAAUUACAAAUAACAAUGAUGAUCGAACAUCACGUUUAGAUGCUAUUGCAUAUUUGUUUGUUGAAAAAUUUCAUCAUCCAUUGAUUGAAGAACGAAUCGUUGCUCGUAUUGCCGAUACAAUUUUUUCAUGUCUUUCAACCGAAAUUCUCGAUCACUGUACAAGACCAAUGUUGAAUAUUUGUUUUGAAUUUAUUCGUCAUUUUUUUCUUAAAUCAACACCGAAUCUUUUUAAUUGUUAUUUGGAAGUUAUUACCUGUGGUAUUACAAAUCUACCGAUGGAACAUCGAACUAGAUUCCAUCAAACUGUUAAAGUUUUAUUAACAAAACUUUGUCGCAAAUUUGGUUUCGAAUUAAUCGAUAGUAUGAUAUCGGAAGAUUAUAAAAAAGUAAUGAAAAAUAUACGAAAAUUAGAGGAAAGGAAAAAGAAGCAGAAAAAGAUGAAAAAACAAUCAAUGUCCGAUGAUGAUGAUGAUGAUGAUCAAUCGGAUCGAAAAACAACUCGUUCAAAGAAAUCAAGAAAAUAUCUCGAUUUAUCCGACGAUGAUGAAGAAGAUGUUGAACGUUUUGUUAAUGAUGAAUUUGAUGAUGUCGACGACGACGACGAUGAUGGCGAUGGCCGUAGUACUAGAAAAAGUUUCCGUAGCCGUACAAAUAAACAUUUGGAUAUUAUGUCUCGUCUUUCGAAUGUAUCGAUCAAAAGCUAUAUUCGUGAAUCAAUGGAUGGUGAUCCUAUUGAUUUACUAAGUUCGAAUGCCAAACAAAAUGUUUUCUCCAAGAUACCGAACAAGUCUAAACAAUCAAAUAAUGGUUCGGCUGACAAAUCAUCAGAUGUUUCAAAUAACAAUUUACCAUACAGUGAAGAUGGUCGUCUAAAUAUUGGUCGAUUAUUUGAUCAAUUAGAAGGAAAACGUGGCCAAAAACGAUCGGCUGAUGAUUCAAAUAUUGAUGGUGAUGAAGAUGAUGAUGAUUCUGAUGACGAUUCAGAUAACAAAACACAAUUUACAUCAAAAUCUUAUAAACCAGGUGGUCGUGGUAUUCAUCGACCUGUAGCAUCAUCAUCAUCUGGUCAAAAACCAGGUAAUGAUAAUCGAUCAAUGGUAUCAUCAAAACGUUCAUCAAAAAAAUCCGCCAAAUCUAAGAAAAGUUCAAUCUUACAUGGUGAUGUUUAUAGAUCGAAAAAAGCAGCCGGAGAUAUGAAACGUAGAGGCUUACCUGAUCCUUAUGCAUAUUAUCCAUUGAAUGCAAUGUCAUUGAAUCGACGUAAACAUCUCAAACAACGUGGUGAAUUGAAAGCGAUUGUAAAAAGUGCCAGACAAGGUGCGGCCAAAGGACGUCACAUACGAAACAAACGUCAUAAAACGCAAAAAUAAUAUAUUUUAUUUGAAUGUUUUUUUUUCUUUUUCAAUAAAAAAAAUUUAAUGAUAAUUAAAAU